AUGGAUUACAACAAGCCCCCUCCCGGCCCCAAGGGCACCGCCUCCUUCUCCUCAUCCUCCUCCGACCCCUUCAACCACACAAAUCAACUCCCAUACGACUCCAACCCCCAACUCCCCCUCCCCCACCAAACAGGCGCAUUCGCCCACCCCGACGCGCCCAACCCCGAUGCCGGCGCUGGCGCUGGUGUCGCCCCGCCCGGACAGGGCGGCCAGUACGCGCCGUACUAUGACAAUGAGCCAGAGAUCGGCGGGCGUUAUGAUGGAGGCGGUAUGGGCAGAGAAACGUGGGCGAGUGAGAGCGGGUGGAGCCAGCAGGAUGUUAAUUAUCCGUCUUCUGAUUACCACGGAGGACCUGGUUACUUGCCGUCGCGUGCAUCCACGCCUACCUACUCUGAAUCGCGUGAAGGCCACAAGCCCCGUGAGCCGUACCCCGCUUGGACAGCCGAGGCCAACAUUCCUCUCUCCAAGGAAGAGAUUGAGGAUGUUUUGAUCGACCUCGCCAACAAGUUUGGUUUCCAAAAGGACUCCUCGCGAAACGUGUACGAUUUCCUCAUGAUCCAGCUCGACUCUCGAGCCUCCCGCAUGUCUCCCAAUCAAGCCCUCCUCACGCUCCACGCCGACUAUAUCGGCGGCGCGCACGCCAACUACCGCAAGUGGUACUUUGCCGCCCAGCUCGACCUCGACGACGCUAUCGGUGCCGUCCAGAACCCCGGUCUUUCCCGUGUCCGUUCCGUCGCCCGUCGCGGCCCCAAGGGCAAGUCGCCCGUCACCGCACAGGCAAAGUCGCUCGACUCUGCCACCUCCCGCUGGAGGACGGCCAUGAACAACAUGUCGCAGUACGACCGUCUUCGACAGGUCGCGCUGUUCUUGUUGUGUUGGGGUGAAGCUGCGCAGGUGCGAUUCAUGCCCGAGUGUCUUUGUUUCAUCUUCAAGUGCGCCGACGACUAUUACCGGUCGCCCGAGUGCCAGAACAGGCAGGAAGCCGUGCCCGAGGGUCUCUACUUGCGGGCUGUCAUCAAGCCCCUCUACAAGUUCUUGAGAGACCAGGGUUACGAAGUUGUGGAUGGCAAGUUUUUGAGGAGGGAGAAGGACCACGACAAGGUUAUUGGGUAUGACGAUGUCAACCAGCUGUUCUGGUACCCUGAGGGUAUUUCGAGGAUCUCGUUGACCGACAAUACCCGUCUCGUGGAUGUGCCGCCUGCGCAGCGAUUCAUGAAGUUUGACAGGAUUGAUUGGACCAAGGUGUUUUUCAAGACGUAUCUCGAGAAACGAUCGUUCUUCCAUCUUUUGGUCAACUUUAACCGUAUCUGGGUUUUGCACAUUUCCGUGUUCUGGUUCUUCACUGCUUACAACGCCCCCUCUAUCUACGCUGCGUCUGGCUCCACCAGGGCUACUACGCCUAUGGCUUGGUCUAUCACCGGUCUCGGUGGUUGCGUCGCUACUUUGAUCAUGAUCGCUGCCACCCUCGCCGAGUUCUCCUACAUCCCCACCACCUGGAACAACACCUCCCACCUCACCCGUCGGCUGAUAUUCCUCCUGAUCAUCCUCGCCAUCACCGGCGGUCCCUCCAUCUACAUUGCCUUUUUCAACCAGACCGGCCGCGUUGCCCUUAUCUUGGGUAUCGUCCAGUUCUGGUGUUCGGUCGUUGCCACCGCUUUGUUCUCGACGCUACCUUCGGGGAGGAUGUUUGGUGAUCGAGUAGCCGGCAAGAGCCGAAAGUAUCUCGCCAACCAGACGUUCACCGCCUCGUACCCCUCUUUGCCGCGAAACAACCGCCUGACGUCGUUCCUCCUCUGGUUCCUCAUCUUUGGCUGUAAAUUCACCGAAUCCUACUUUUUCCUCACACUCUCGUUCCGUGACCCUAUCAGGGUCAUGAACGGUAUGAAGGUGCAGAACUGUAACGACAAGUACUUUGGUUCGGCGCUGUGUACCAACCAGCCGGCCUUUGCGUUGACGGUCAUGUUUGUCAUGGACUUGACCUUGUUCUUCUUGGAUACGUUCUUGUGGUAUGUGAUUUGGAGCACGAUUCUGUCUGUGGCGAGGAGUUUCUCGUUGGGGAUGAGUAUUUGGACGCCGUGGGCGGAUAUUUUCUCGAGGUUGCCCAAGAGGAUUUACGCAAAGAUUUUGGCGACGGAUGAUAUGGAAGUCAAGUACAAGCCCAAGGUGCUGGUCUCGCAAGUCUGGAACGCCGUCAUCAUCUCCAUGUACCGCGAACACCUCCUCUCCAUCGAGCACGUCCAGAAACUCCUCUACCACCAGGUCCAGUCCGACCAGCCCGGCAAGCGUACGCUCCGAGCCCCUGCAUUCUUCAUCACCCAGUGUGAAAAGGGCGGCAGCAAGGCUGAAUUCUUCCCCAAGGGUUCCGAAGCCGAGCGACGUAUUUCGUUCUUUGCCCAGUCUUUGACGACUGCCAUCCCCGAGCCUAUCCCCAUUGAGGCUAUGCCUACGUUCACCGUGCUUGUGCCGCACUACUCUGAAAAGAUCUUGCUUUCUCUCCGAGAGAUUAUCAGGGAAGAAGACCAGAAUACGCGUGUGACGCUGCUCGAGUAUCUCAAGCAGCUCCACCCUAUCGAGUGGGACAACUUUGUGCGCGAUACCAAGAUUUUGGCGGAAGAGUCCAACAUGUUUAACGGUGGCAACCCCUUUGCGUCUGACGAAAAGGAGGAUGCGAAGAAGGCGGACGAUAUUCCCUUCUACACUAUCGGUUUCAAGUCUGCUGCGCCCGAGUAUACGUUGCGAACCCGUAUCUGGGCUUCCCUCCGAGCGCAGACGCUUUACCGAACGGUGUCUGGUUUCAUGAACUACAGCAAGGCCAUCAAGCUUCUCUACCGCGUCGAGAACCCCGAGGUUGUGCAGCUAUUUGGCGGCAACACCGACCAGCUUGAGCGCGAGCUUGAGCGCAUGGCGCGACGCAAGUUCAAGUUUGUUGUCUCUAUGCAGAGGUACUCAAAGUUCAACAAGGAGGAGCACGAUAAUGCCGAGUUCCUCCUGCGCGCGUACCCCGACUUGCAGAUUGCCUAUCUCGAUGAGGAGCCGCCCAGGAAGGACGGGAACGAGCCCAGGAUCUUUUCGGCGCUUAUCGACGGUCAUUCCGAGAUCAUGCCGAAUGGCCGUAGACGUCCCAAGUUUAGGAUCGAGCUGCCCGGUAACCCUAUCUUGGGUGACGGAAAGUCUGAUAACCAGAAUCACGCUAUCGUCUUUUACCGCGGUGAAUACCUUCAGCUUAUCGAUGCGAACCAGGACAAUUAUCUGGAAGAGUGUCUCAAGAUCCGAAAUGUGCUUGGCGAGUUUGAGGGGUUCAAGAUCCCUACCGAGAGCCCUUACGCGACUACCAUCAGUGCCGAGUUCUCCAAGGCGCCCGUGGCGAUCUUGGGUGCGCGAGAGUAUAUCUUCUCGGAGAACAUUGGUAUUUUGGGUGAUAUUGCGGCUGGUAAGGAACAGACUUUCGGUACGCUUGCGGCUAGGUCAUUGUCCUUUAUUGGUGGUAAAUUGCAUUACGGUCACCCCGAUUUCUUGAACGCUAUCUACAUGAACACUCGAGGUGGUGUCUCCAAGGCGCAAAAGGGUCUUCACUUGAACGAAGAUAUCUUUGCCGGUAUGCUCGCCUUUGGCCGAGGUGGUCGUAUCAAGCACUCUGAGUACUACCAGUGUGGUAAAGGACGUGAUCUUGGUUUUGGUACCAUUCUCAAUUUCCAGACCAAGAUUGGUACUGGUAUGGGCGAACAGAUGCUUUCGCGAGAGUACUACUACUUGGGUACGCAAUUGCCUAUCGACAGGUUCUUGACAUUCUACUAUGGUCACCCCGGUUUCCACAUCAACAACAUUCUCGUCAUGAUGUCUGUCCAGGUCUUUAUGCUCGCCCUCGUCUUCCUCGGUACUCUCAACAAGCAGCUUACGGUCUGCACCUACUCGUCUGCUGGAUCCAUCCUGCCCGGUCAGAGUGGUUGUUACAACCUUGUCCCUGUCUUCCAGUGGAUCAAGCGAUGUAUCAUCUCCAUCUUUAUCGUGUUCUGGAUCGCUUUCGUUCCUCUCUUCGUUCAGGAACUUACCGAGCGUGGUACUGGCCGAGCUAUUCUUCGACUCUCAAAGCACUUCUUGUCGCUUUCGCCCGUCUUCGAAGUGUUCUCGACCCAGAUCUACAUGCACUCCAUCCUGAACGACUUGACGUUCGGUGGUGCUAGGUAUAUCGCUACCGGUCGUGGUUUCGCCACUACUCGUAUCUCUUUCAGCAUCCUCUACUCCCGAUUCGCUGGACCUUCCAUCUACCUCGGUAUCCGAACACUUGUCCUCCUUGUGUACAUUUCCAUGUCCGUCUGGGUCAACCACAUCAUCUACUUCUGGAUCACCGUCGUUGGUCUUUGUGUCGCUCCCUUCCUCUUCAACCCCCACCAGUUUGCCAUCGCCGACUUUGUCAUCGACUACCGAGAGUUCCUCCGAUGGAUGUCUCGAGGCAACUCGCGCACCCACGCCAACUCUUGGGUCGGGUACUGCCGAUUGUCGCGAACUAGGGUCACCGGUUUCAAGAGAAAGAGGUUGGGUCUUCCCUCCGAGAAGCUGUCGAGUGAUGUGCCCAGGGCGCCUUGGAAGGCUAUCCUAAUCGGUGAAAUCAUUGGGCCUAUCUGCCUCGCCAUCCUCUUUGUCGUCUGCUACCUCUUUGUCAAGAGUUUCGCGGUCGACGGCGUUGUGCAGCCCGGUCUUCUCAGGAUUGCCGUCAUCGCCCUUGGUCCUAUCGUUUGGAACAUGGCGCUUUUGCUUACGCUCUUCUUGAUCUCUGUCUUCCUCGGUCCUUGCUUGAACUCUUACACCCACCAAUUCGGAGCUACCAUGGCAGCCAUCGCCCACUUCGGUGCCGUCGUCGGUAUGGUCGCCUUCUUCGAGUUGCUCUGGUUCCUCGAGCUCUGGGACUCGUCCCACGCCGUGCUUGGUGUGAUCGCCGUCAUCAGUGUCCAGAGGUGUAUCUUCAAGUUCCUCAUCGCCGUCUUCUUGUCUCGAGAAUUCAAGCACGACGAGACCAACAGGGCUUGGUGGACUGGUGUGUGGUUCAACAGGGGUCUCGGCUCGCACGCUCUCUCGCAGCCUGCUCGAGAGUUUGUUGUCAAGACUAUUGAGAUGGGCUUGUACUCUGCCGACUUUAUCGCUUGUCAUGUGCUUCUCUUCCUCCUCACACCCCCCAUGUUGAUGCCCUUCUUUGACAGGGUACACGCCACCAUGCUCUUCUGGCUCGCCCCCAGCAAGCAGAUCAGGCCUCCUAUCUACAGCUUCAGGCAGAGGAGUCAGCGAAGGAAGAUUGUUGCCAAGUACGGUAUCCUGUACAUCAUCAUCCAGGCCAUCUUUGUCGCCCUGAUCGUCGUGCCCAUCAUCUUGAAGGACGUCGUCAACCUCACGCCCAGCUCUGUGCCCUUCAACGGCGUCAUCUAG